AUGGAGCCUAGUGAGAUAAUCUCUCAAGAAUGGAGCUACCUUAGUGGGGUUUACACUGCUCAGGAAGCUGAGUUUAUGACCCAGUUUCUUGAAAACUGUUCAGUCCCAGAGGAUCUCUAUGGAAAUGCCAACUUGGGAUUUCAAUCUUCUUCUGCAUUUUGGCCUACAGGCUUCACUGGUGACAGCUUCUAUUUUCCUUCAAAUGUUGCUGAUGCUACCAAUAAUUUUGGUUCCAUAUCAAUGUCCCGUGAAGUACAAGUUUCUGAACCAGCACAGGAGGAUGGUAAAACCAGCAACCUGCAGAACUCUGGAAAGAGAUCAAGGAGCUCAUUUGAGAAGAACAAGAGGAAUGUUAAACCAAGGAGGAAUCCAGAGUCUUUUAAAAGCAACAAGGAAGAGAAUAGAAGCAAUGGUGGCCUUCAUGGGCACAACUCUAGCAGCUUCUGCUCAUCAGAGGAUGAUUCCACUGCUUCUCAGGAGGAUGACACAGACCCUAAAAACAAUAAAGAUCUUAACUCAAACAGCAAAUCAAGAUCUGACAAAGGUCCUGCCACUGAUCCCCAGAGCCUCUAUGCAAGAAGAAGAAGAGGGAGAAUAAAUGAAAGGUUGAGAAUCUUACAAAACCUUGUCCCUAAUGGAACGAAGGUGGAUAUAAGCACUAUGCUUGAGGAAGCUGCUCAAUAUGUGAAAUUUUUACAGCUACAAAUUAAGCUUCUUAGCUCUGAUGAUCUAUGGAUGUACGCUCCGAUUGUUAACAAUGGAUUGAAUAUUGGACUAGACCUCAAUUUCACUCCAACUAAACAGGCAUAA